AUGAAUAUAAAUUACGCCGGUUCCGAAACUGUUGACACCUAUCCCAGGGAAGUCCCACCACCACCGCCUCCUCCGCCACAGUAUCCAUCUCAAAGGGUUCGAAAGGAGACAUCGCAACUCAGGGUCCCGUCAAUGGGUUGUUCGGUAGAGAUUCGUUCUCCACAGAGCUCUCAGCGCAGCAGUACAAUCCGACAGCGUGGUAUCACACCUGGUCGCAUUGAUGCAGCCACUCCUACUGCAUCGUCCGCGAACCUGCACUCUACACGCCAAGUAGCUCAUCAGCCUCGAAUACCUACGCGCGGAAGUGGAGAACAACGACCUGCCUUGGUCUAUGCCCCCGCUUCUCAUGCGUCACGUGUUCUACGUUCCAUUCCAACGCCAAAAGUUGGAGUUGACAAAACACCUGCGGACCCGAAGCAUACGCCGUUACUCUCCCGUCUCUUGCCCCCAGGCUUUGCCUGUGCCGCUAGCAGUCCGGAUGGAUCAUCGUCGACGGCAUCCGUACAAACUGUACGUACGGCCGACGAGUCAGAGCAAGGGGAUCACAGUAGCAUGGGCCAUGAAGAUAGAACCAGACGAACCGGGGAGUCGGCUCGGCUUACUUCAGGUGAUCAAAAGCCACAUUCGCAACGGUACAAACCACGAGCUGCACGGUUCGCUCCGUCACAUGCUUCCGGGGUCACUUCGCAUCCCAUCGCUGGUCCUCACAGUGGUCUGUCAGAACGGGCAGACGCAGUCCAACUGAAAGCUGGACAGUCACUGACAUAUGCACUUCGGGACGAAAUCUCCUCGUACUAUCGUCAUGAUCCGACGGAUUCUGGUGAUCCGGAAGGUCGUGAGGAUCUCGUAUCCUCACCACACAGUGGUAGCACGGUUCCAUCGACUACGGAAUCUCAGGAAGCUCUUUCUGAUAAGCAUGGAUAUGGAAGCGACCAGAUACCGGAGCGAAAGCUAUCUUCCGAGGAGGGUGAUCGUGAAGAGCCUCUACGAUGUUCCGCCGAUGAAGAUGAGGUCGAGGGCGAGACUGGGUCCAAAACGGAUGACAGGUCGCCGGACAGUGAAACCCAAUUGACACUUUGUGCUCCAGAAGUGUCUGGAUUUCCGAAAAUGUUUCAUCGUAUACCGCAUGCCUACGUAAACGACGAACAGGCUUUGGCCGCAGCCGAACUGGACGUUAAUCCAUUGUUCUACACCGGUUACGAGGAUGAACCUCGUCUAAGACGUGCUGAUAACAAGGUAACUGAUACGCGGUCCGAGCUAACGUGUGUUGGUCCCCCACCGUCCUACCCAUCCACGGUGGUUGUUGAAAUUCAAGCUCCACCACUGUACCCAAGGCAGGCGAGUUUCUCACGCAUCGUUCGCACUCGUUCGCAACCAAACUUGUCCAGCGACUAUGUGAACCUGCCGGAGGAUUCCCUGGUAAACUGGCUUACCACAGCUGUUACCACUCAUUACCCUUUCAUCGCUUGUUCCGCUGCAGCAGCUGGCUACUAUUUCAGUCCUACAAAGUGUUUGCACAAACGGAAGCGAUCGUCCGUACCGAAUUCGGAAGAUACCGUGACUCCUUCCAUAUCGCUCCCCCCUCCUCCGCCACCCCCUCUGCCACCCCUUCCACUUCCACUCCCACCACCACCGCCACCUCCGUAUCGUCCACAUUUCCCCAUGGGUCCACGAAUGCCGAUUCCCUUCAUGACUCCCAGGCCAAGUAUUGGUGCUAAUAUGCUUUGUCAUUUGUCGAACGGAUCGUUUUGUUACGCACCUUUCCCGGCUGGGGGUUCGUACACAGUGAUCUCCACAACUGCGACAACCGCAUGCCACGCGCCCGCCAAUCUGUUGUAUUUUCACCCAAAUUGGUGGUUUGCAAGACCCCCAGGUCCUGUAAGUUAUGCCCAGCGGAUUCCGUUUGAGCAGCUGCACGAAAGGCCAACGGAGACCUGUGGUGAGCAGGUUCCAUGUGAGAUCGAUCCAUCGGCCUCUUACCUUUCCCAUGGUGCGCGUCCAAAACGAGGUUUCAGCAACGCAUCACGCGUUGGUGCUCCUGCUGCGUUUGUCAUCUCCACAGCUCCGCACGACCAUCCGCCAAGGUUCACUAUCGUCAAUGGUCGGCCUAUGCAUUGUUCAUCGGAACGUGGUCCGGUUUCGGCUGCCGUCUGUGACAGUUUAUUAGGUUCAAGCAAGUUGGAGUCGGCCAGCGCCACCGCCGGCCGAGGUGUAUCGGACUCUUCUCCGAGCAUCCAAAAUGUCCCCGGGGAGCUAGAUAUCCAAUUUUUAUGGGAAGAAAAUCAACAACUGAAAGCGUUACUUCAUGAGGCUACGACUCGAUUGCAAUAUGUGAAUGUGCUGGAAUGUCAUCUCCAACGGUUAAAUAUGCUGGUCGGAUCAAUGCUAGCUUCACAUCACCGGCAGUGCGAACUUGACCAUCAGCUCCAUGGUUGCCCUCAUCAAGAAUUCUUCCCUGCAGAGUCCCGCCCACGAGCACCACCCCCACCAUCGCAACCCCCUCCAACCGACUGGAUGUAUCCAGUUGUUCCCAGCAGUCUACCCGCUGUGCCCAUCGCGCCAUACUACUCGCCCGGCUAUUAUCCUUUCAAUGUGGCCACACCGGCAGUGAUUCCAGAACGAUCAAUCCAUAUGGGCCCAGUACAGCCUGGGUGGAAUGUUCGACCUCAGAUGAUGUUUGCCCCAGAUAGCUCUGGCCGUUCUACCAGGUCCCGUGUGAACACGUCAGCUUGGCCUCGUACUGUUUCAUUAGAUCGUGCAGAUGGUGUUGGUGGAUAUUCCUCUGGCUACAGCAGUCGCUGGUCUGCGGCCAAUGUUGUGCCCGACCGAAGGUCGGCCCAGCCCAAAAAGCAUUCGAAGCAGAAAACGGUUCGCGUGGCCGAUGAGCCAAUAACCUUCACUCCCGAUGACCGAUCUCAACAACCAUUACCAUUUCGUUCGGUUCAAGUGACUCGUCGGCGAUUGGACCACUCGGUCCCCGCAUCAAACGCCCACUUAUCUCCAAGACCCUCAGGAGCCUGCGAGACACAUUACUGUCCUCACUCUGGACGCGAGCUAUUUCGUGAAACCAAUCCUCUGAUCAAAUAUCAGCCACCCAUGUCUAGUCCAGCCCAGACGAACAGACCCAUGGAUAUCAGCCUGAUCAAUCGCUAUCCAGACUUAGAAGAACAGGAGGAUAUGAAACACUUGACACCACAUACGGAGACAAUACCAGCGAAAAUCGCCGUGAGCUCAGUGUACCAAGUUGCUUCCGCGUGUCGUGUUUGCCUGGCCGAUUCGGGUGUGCAUUCUGGCGAUUCACAGACCCAACUUGCUCCGGUUGGACAGACGGGGAUAGUCGUAUCGACGACUCUUUCAAACACAUACAUGCCACCCCAGAUAGGUUCCUCGUUACAAGCUUCCACGGACUACGCGAUCCAUUCAUCCGCGGGAGGUCCCACACGAUAUGUGUUUGCCGUUUCGGGCACACAACCGAAUGUGGAAGCGCAGGCCGAAUCACGACCGGUCGCAAAUUCUGUCAACGCGGCGAGUGAGGCGGACGGUAGUGGAAGUUACGAAGGAAUAACGCUCCCACAACCUACGCACGCCAAACGACCAUCUGAGACCAAUCUUCCUCACUCUACACAAACCACAACGUCCACUAGUGAAACGUUAUCCACAGCUGUCCCUUUUACAGCAAAUGAACAGUCCGCCCAGGUACAUUUUGCUCGUCACACUCCAUCUACCCUGUCGCCUAAACUGCGGUUCAGUUCUCCAUCGUUUACCCACUCACUCGCACAUGGCGGUCCAUCUAUCAGAACUAAACACUCUGAACACUUUCCAUUUUCUGAGGCAUCACCCGAAGCGAUCUACACCGCUCGAAGUCCAACCUCACCAUUGUCAAUGAAUCCAACAGUAGCGUCUGAACGCUCUCAGGAUACAGUUGGCCGCACUGGACAGUUUCCAGGUUACUGUUUUGGGGGGUCGACCAAAGUGAACGAGGUUAUGUUUGACCCUCUACAGGCGGAUUCCCGUUAUGCGCCUCAUUCACAUAGACAAGGUCCACAUGCCGCACCCCACCCGGUGGGCCACCGAACUCCAGGCUUACAAGUUCACUUCGCACCCCGAUUUCGCCCUGCUUCUUCUGUUCCUCAUUCCACCGACAAAGUAGGUCGCAAUAUGGCCCCAUCCGAGCAAACAAAUACUGGCUCAUGCAAUUUUCCAAUAGAUAGCAUUGUUUCACCACACCUUUUGCGUAAACAUUAUUGUUACGAGGAGUACUGAGCUAAUGCUGCGCCAUCUCUUCGCUGAUUCGUGUAUGAGCUUGUCUUUGCCUCUUCCGUGGCCAACUAACGUAAUUUUCAACCAUUGGUGUAGUAUUCAUGGCAUGUGCUUUCAAUCGUGCGCAAUCGGUGAUAUGUUAUGUUCCUUGUUUCGGUUUGUUCUUGCCGCUUCCUUUCUUUUUCUCUGCCUCUCUCCCGCGCGUUCUCCUA